UCCCCCAUCCCGAUCCGUUGCCACCUCCCCCUCCGAGCUUCUCUCCUUCUUUCGAGACAUGUCCCUGAUGCGCCGCAUGGAGCUGGCCUCCGAUUCCCUCUACAAAUCAAAGUUCAUCCGAGGGUUCUGCCAUCUCUACGACGGCCAAGAGGCCGUCUCCGUCGGGAUGGAGGCCACGAUCACCAAGAAGGACGCCAUCAUCACCGCCUACCGAGACCACUGCAUCUUCCUCGGCCGCGGUGGGAGCCUCCUUGAGUGCUUCGCCGAGCUUAUGGGCCGGAAGGACGGGUGCUCCAAUGGGAAGGGGGGAUCUAUGCAUUUUUAUAAGAAAGAUGCCAACUUUUAUGGUGGGCAUGGGAUUGUUGGGGCUCAGGUUCCGCUGGGAUGCGGGGUUGCAUUUGGGCAGAAGUAUAUGAAGGAUGAGAGCGUGACCUUUGCAAUGUAUGGAGAUGGGGCUGCUAAUCAGGGGCAGCUGUUCGAGGCGCUCAAUAUGUCGGCGUUGUGGGAUUUGCCCGUCAUCUUGGUCUGCGAGAAUAAUCAUUAUGGAAUGGGAACGGCAGAAUGGAGGGCAGCCAAGAGCCCGGCGUAUUACAAGCGCGGGGACUAUGUUCCUGGUCUCAAGGUGGAUGGAAUGGAUGCUCUCGCUGUGAAGCAAGCAUGUAAAUUUGCUAAGGAACAUGCUUUAAAGAAUGGACCCAUUAUCCUCGAAAUGGAUACUUACAGAUACCAUGGUCAUUCUAUGUCUGACCCUGGGAGCACUUAUCGCACACGUGAUGAGAUCAGUGGUGUGAGGCAGGAGCGUGAUCCGAUUGAAAGAAUUAGAAAAGUGAUACUAGACCAUGAUCUAUCAACUGCUGCGGAGCUCAAGGAUGUUGAGAAAGAAGUGAGGAAGGAAGUAGAUGAUGCGGUUGCUAAGGCCAAGGAGAGCCCCUUGCCUGAGCCUGCAGAGCUAUUCACUAAUGUAUAUGUCAAAGGAUUCGGCGUAGAGGUAUUUGGCGUAGAUAGGAAGGAGACAAGGAGUGUUCUUCCAUGAAGGAAACUUCCCUUUACGUAGCGGGCAACGGACAUUUUCUUUUGAAUCAUAGAAGCUUGGAAAUAACCGGUUUGCAGACUGGCUAAGAGUAGAGAAAUUUUCUCCUAGAUGUGUUCCUAUAGAGAGCAUACCACUGAAUUCUGCGAAUCUCAGCAUUUCAUUUUUCUACAACUUGUUGACGAUAUACAAAAUCUUCUUCAAGUCUUGCUCUUCUUUGCUUUUUUUUUGGCCUAGUAAUAUCAUAAAGAAGCCAUUUUGUAAACCUGACACUUUGAUGGAAUUGCUUGAUUUUGGCAGGCAGGCUUUCUGUGCUACCAAUCAUAAAGGAAAAUUAUUGUGUUCUUGGCGAUA